AUGAACCUGUUCAACAAAUCCAAGAAAAGCCCCAAAUCCAAAUCUAGAAAGACGGCGGACCAAGAAGCGGAAGCGAAAUUAGAAGACGCAAAGGCCAAAGCAAGGAAACAUCGGAGGAAUAAGAAAAAGAAGAAUGAGAACAGUAAUAGCAGCAGUAGCAAUAGCAAUAGCAGUUAUAGCCAAAGUCCCAUCAAGAGCAACAACAAGAACAAAAAAGGCAAAAGCAAACUAAAUCUACUGGAUUUGAAUGCCAGCCUUCCCCAUAAGAACAAUAAUCAAAUAGGAGAACGAGGACGUCCCACCCAGAGUCAAAAAAGCCGAAGCCUGGAUUUGAAUGACAAUUUCCCCAACACGGAACGCCAUCAAGCUUUGAGGAGGCGCACCCGUCAAAAGCCCAAACAAUCGUCCAUGAAACGGGAGGAUGGUAGAAUAGACCGCCGCCGUCGUUCGAGCAUUUCCUUUUGCGAACAGUUGGAAGUCAAGGACAUUAUACCUCUCAAAGAUCUGGUGGAUGACACUCGCAAAUUAUGGUGGAACAAUCAAGAAUACCAACAAAUUGUGGAAUUGUCCUGUGCCACGGUCAAUCUAGCUCGAGUGGACAAGACGACCUAUACGAGGGGAUUGGAAGAUUUGAUGCGAGACGAUCAUGCGGCUACCUUUAAAACGAGGAAUGAUGUUUUACUGGCACAGAAAAUCUUGAGACGAAAAAAGGUCAAGGACGAUGAAGCUUUAUCAGGACUGUAUGGGAGAUCAACGGCCAAGUACAACAAGGAAGCAGAACUUCGUGCCGAACAAGACGCCAAAGAAGUGCAAACCUAUUUGGCGGAUACGAGACGAAAGGCUCGACGAACAUGGUCCGUUUGA